AUGUCCCACUCUGUGGAAGCGCUGCAGAAUGCGCGGGCCGCUUUGCAAGAGGAGCGCUUUUUCGAUGGUGUCCAGCUUGUGAACACGGCCCUUGAGGCUCAAGGACAAGCUCUUGGUGGCAGCAAAGGAGGCUAUUCAGCAGCUCCGGCUUCGACCGAAGCAGACGGCACGGAAAUCCUUCGGACUCCAGAAGUCUUCCUCAAUCGGGUGAUGACAACCUUGACGGCUGCGAAGAAGACAGAGCUGGCCGACUUCUUCACCGUCCGCACUGACUUGCUCGUUGGCCUCGGUGCGCUCAAACGUGCAGUGGUGGAUGUAAGCGCUGCUUUGCUGCUCCGGCCGGAAGAUGAAGCUCUGGCUAGGAAGAAGACUGAUCUGGAGGGUCGGCUGCUGUGGGUGCUGGCUUGGAUCAAAAAGAUGGGAAAGAGACGGAAAGCGCUUGCACUGCAACCGACAACCCUCCUGAAUUACAUUCUGGAGCAGAAUCACGGAAAGAAGAUUGCAAUCAUAGAAAACGAGUUCGGUGAGGUAGGGAUAGAUGAUGCGCUGUUGAACACCAAGAGCGCUGUGACAGAGGAGAACGUCAUUGAGAUGAACAAUGGCUGCAUUUGCUGCACCGUCCGGGGGGACUUGAUUGCAGGGCUGAAGAAGCUCCACAAGCAAACCACGGGCAAGGGCAAGCCUUUGGAUGGGAUCAUCAUUGAGACCACGGGCCUUGCAGAUCCAGCUCCCGUGGCACAGACCUUCUUUGCUGAUGACUUCGUGAGUGCCAACAUGGUGCUCGAUGGCAUCCUGACGGUCGUAGACAGCAAGCACAUCAUCGGACAGUUGCAGGAGGACAAGCCAGAAGGGGCGGUGAAUGAGGCCGUGGAGCAGAUCGCCUUUGCAGACCGGAUUCUGCUAAACAAGACAGACCUGGUGAGUGAUGCCGAGCUCGACGAGGUCCAGCGAGAGGCGAUCGCUGGCAAGCAACUGGCUAUCGAUCUGGCAGCACUGACCGCCAGGACCUGCAUCGACUGGCAAUGGGCGAAUCCUUUGUCCGCGCGAAUGAGGCUGUCGAUUCACAGCCGGCGGAGAAUGGGAGUGCAGCUGUCCCGACCGCAACUGAGCCUUGGACAUCACUGGCACUGGGUCAACCGGAAUUGGGAGUACCAUGCCGACUGUGCCGGCAUCCUCGACUAA